AUGUCAUCACGCUAUGAAACAAUACCAACGACAGCCAAUAGCAGUCAUAUGGCGAAUGGGGUGAGAAUGGGUGAACUCGUCCGAAUACGAAUCACAACGAAUGGGCAUCAACAUUCACCACAGAAUCAACAUAUCAAAACCCGGCAACCUGUGAUUCCUCCGGGAGGAUCAAAUCCGUAUUUCACGCGGGAUCCAAACCAAUUACGUGGAGAAAUGGUUACGACAACUAUCACAAAAGGCGCAAAAGGACUUGGAUUCACGUUGAUAGGCAACGAUGCGUCCAGCAAAGGCGAUGAGUUCAUACAGGUAAUUUUCGUGAUUUUCAAUUUGAAAAAUUGUCAGAUAUUUUUUGUCUGUUUUCAAAUCAACUUUGUAGCCCCAGUUAUACAGCUCAAUUUGAGUUCCAAAUAAAA